AUGGCCGGCGGGCACACCUGGAGGCGGUCCAUCCUGCCCGAGGCCAGCGUGGACGGGCAGCUGGUGAGGACACCCAUGGCGCCGGCAGAUGGCCAGGCCAGCUCUGAAGAGCACGCAUCCACGGGUGUGGACAAAGAGGACGGUGGCGCGUACACCCCCAUCCAGGACAUGGCUGCUCACCGGGUCUCUUUCUCCCAGACACGCCAAGCCUCCGCGGGCACCAACCCACCCAUCAGUCUUCCGGGCGCUACUCUGGGCUUUGGGAGAGCUGGGCACCUCAUCAUGGCCGAGAGAGCCCGGGAAGUACAGAGGGUGCUUCUCCCCAAGCGGGUGGUUGCGGGCAUUCUCCCGGACGCAGACCAGAGGGGUUUAGGGGAUGGGGAGCGCGCUUCUCCGGGGAGGGAGCGAGUGGAGAUGAAGAACCGGCUCCUGCCCCACGAGGCUGUGGUGGGGUCCGAGCCCGUGCGGGGCCGCCUGGGGCCUGUCGAGGCCUCCCAGAGCCUCCUUCCCGCUCCGCGCGUGCCCCGGGAGACGGGCCGCCACCCCGGGAUCCGUCCCAGGUCACGCAAACCAAAGAAGAAGAACCCCAACAAAGAGGACAAGCGGCCUCGCACAGCCUUCACUGCGGAGCAGCUGCAGAGGCUCAAGGCCGAGUUCCAGACCAACAGGUACCUGACGGAGCAGCGGCGCCAGAGCCUGGCGCAGGAGCUCAGCCUCAAUGAGUCACAGAUCAAGAUUUGGUUCCAGAACAAGCGCGCCAAGAUCAAGAAGGCCACAGGCAACAAGAACACGCUGGCUGUGCACCUGAUGGCUCAGGGCCUGUACAACCACUCCACUGCCGCCAAGGAGGGCAAGUCGGACAGCGAGUAGGGGGGCGGGCGCAGGCCCGGUCUUGGUGCGAGCUAAACAAUGCAAUAAUUUAAAAUCAUAAAUAAAGGGCCAGUGUAUAAAGAUUAUACCAGCAUUAAUAGUAAAAAAUCUCGUGUAUUAGCAAUGGUUCUGCAAUAUUCUAUGUAUAUAUAAUUUACAGGAGGUAUAAAAUCCCAAAUAUCUGACUAUAAAAUAUUUUUGAGUUUUUUUGUGUUUAUGAGAUUAUGCUAAUUUUAUGAUUUUCUUUUUGCAAAGGGAGCUGCUUAGGGUUUCAUCUUUUUUUUAAUCCCCUAAGCUCCAUUAUGGGACAUCGGACACCUUUUUUUAAUUUCAAAAGAAAAAAAAAUUAAAACAACUUGCUGAAGUCCAAAGAUUUUUAUUGCUGCAUUUCACACAACUGUGAACCGAAUUAAUAGCUCCUACUUGGCCUAUGA